GGGGUCGUUAUCAUUUUCAUCCCUUUUUCAUCCCCUCAAUAAUCACAAAAUCAAAAAUCAAUACACACUUUACAUAUCUAGAGCCUCUCACCCAUGGGCGCCUCAACUCCAAGCGAAAUAGCCCCACCCUACGAGGAACUAUACUCACAGCGAGGAUCGAAUUCGCAUACUGGCUACGCCCGCGUCUCCGCAGACGACCCCGAACCCGAUCUCGAGCGCGACGCGCACCAGCACCAACACCAGCACCAGCACCAUCACCAGCACGAAGCUGCAAACCGAUCUUCGCUCGAACUGACUGAAGCCCGGACAAAUGCCAACGGGGACCAUGUUCACUGCGAGUCAUGUGAUCGCCAACUUGAGCGGCGCGAGAGACAGCGUAGUAGGGAUCAGUGCUGUGCGACGGUUUCAAGGACGAUGAUGACUAUGUCGUUGUUUUUGAUGAUUUUUGGGAUUGUUGCUGUUUUGUCUUGGAGGAGGGUGAGUCGUUAAUAUGUACGGAGUACUUGAGUUGGUGGCAGUGUUGGGGAUUUUGGGUUCUGGGGUGUUGUUGAAUUGAUUAAAGAUGGUC